GCCGGAGUGGCUGGCUGCUAGGGUGGCUACGUGGGUGCCUGGCUCCCGGCGGCGCAGAGAUCCGCUUCGCACAGUCCCAGUGUCGGCUCCGGCGGGACGGACUGUCGGCCGCUCUGGACUCUGUUCUCCGGUGUCAGCUUGGUGCUGAACCUCGAACCUGUGAAAUGCCUUCUUAAUUAUAUCCGAGAAAAGGAUCCUGAUUGAGUCAUUGCUUUACAUUAUAACUCCGUGCUCUCCGUAAAGCUGAGAGAUGCCCACUGUGGAGAGUGAAGCCAAGGUAAAAACCAAAGUUCGCUUUGAGGAAUUGCUUAAGACCCACAAUGAGCUCACUGAUGAAAGAAAAAAACUGAAGAAAAAAAUGGACAAAUCUGGAGAAAAAAUUGCACUUGACACUGUUAGAAGCAAUCGUCUGAAAAGUAAAAAAACUAGAAGUGAUGAUGUAAGUCCUGCGAACACUAAUAACUCAGAGGAGAGCAUGCAAGUCACUAAAAGCAAACUAAGGAAUCCUCAGUCAACGCCUGAAAAUCCAGAUGAUGUUAGUGUAGAGGAAGAAAAGCAAGGAAAGACAAGUAAAAAGGCGGUGAAAACAGUAUUCCAGAUGACUGCACAAGGAAUGGAACUGGAAACUCCUGUGAAAAAGGUGGAUUCCACACAUCAGAAAGCACGGACCAGGCCACAGCCAGGUGUUGCUCAUCAGAAGAGCGAGAAGGCAGAUGAAGAAAGAGAAAACGGUAAUUUAGAUGAGGAGGAAGAACUGUUGCAAAUGUACCAACUCCAAGUAGCUGAAGAAAUGGCGAAGGAGAUUAAGAAGAAAAUAAGAAAGAAACUCAAAGAACAGUUGACUUACUUUCCCUCAGAUCCCUCAUUGCAUGAUGGCAAACUGAACAGUGAGAAAAAAAUAAAGAAAAAAAAGAAAGUUUCAAUAUCGUCUAAAGGUGAAACAAGUACAUUGACCAUCUCUGAUGACACAGCUGAAAGUGAACAAAAGAAAGCAUCUCCAGUUAGAACAGUUACUUCAGAUUCUCAUCAAGAUGAGAAAAUAAGCUCAGUGGAAGACAAUGUAGAAGACAGCAUGCAAGAUGACACAAAAUCCAAACCAAAAAAGAAGAAAAAGAAGGCUAAAACAGUUUCAGAUGAUAAUGAAGACACUGAUGGUGAUGGUGUUCAUGAAGUAACAAGCCAAGAUAGUCCAGUUUAUCCCAAAUAUUUGCUUGAUGAUGAUCUUGUCCUGGGAGUUUACAUUCACCGCACUGAUCGACUUAAGUCCGAUUAUAUGAUUUCUCACCCAAUGGUAAAAAUUCAUGUGAUUGAUGAGAAUACUGGUCAAUAUGUCAAGAAAGCUGAUAGUGAACGGCCUGUUUCAUCUCACUAUGAAAAAGAAAGUGUGGAUUACAUUCUUCCUAUUAUGACCCAGCCAUAUGAUUUUAAACAGUUAAAAUCAAGAAUUCCAGAGUGGGAAGAACAAAUUAUAUUUAAUGAAAACUUUCCCUAUUUGCUUCGAGAUUUUGAUGAGAGCCCUAAAGUCAUCUUGUUUUUUGAGAUUCUUGAUUUCUUAAGCAUGGAUGAAAUUAGGAAUAAUUCUGAAGUUCAAAACCAAGAAUGUGGCUUUCGGAAAAUUGCCUGGGCAUUUCUCAAGCUUCUCGGAGCCAAUGGAAAUAUAAACAUCAAUUCAAAACUUCGUUUGCAGCUGUAUUACCCACCUACUAAGCCUCGAUCCCAAUUAAACAGUGUUGAGGUUUUUGAAUGGUGGUCAAAAUAUCCAAGGAAUCAUUACCCAUCAACAUUAUACGUAACUGUAAGAGGAUUGAAAGUUCCAGAAUGUAUAAAGUCAUCUUACCAUUCUGUGGUGGCUGUCCAGGAGGAGAAAGGUAAACCAGUGCAUUGUGAAGGACACCAUGAGGCCGGUUCAGUAGAUGCAGAACCUGGACUAGAAGAUUCCAAAGAAGUAGUGAAGUGGAAACGACUACCUGGGCAGGCUUGCCGUAUCCCAAAUAAGCACCUCUUCUCACUAAAUACAGGAGAACGAGGAUGUUUUCGUCUGGCUUUCUCUCAUAAUGGAAGAAUAUUAGCAGCGGCCUGUGCCAGCCGAGAUGGAUAUCCAAUUAUCUUAUAUGAAAUUCCUUCUGGGCGUUUCAUGAGAGAAUUGUGUGGCCACCUUAAUAUCAUUUAUGAUCUUUGCUGGUCCCAUGAUGAUCGCUAUAUCCUUACUGCAUCAUCUGAUGGCACUGCCAGGAUAUGGAAAAAUGAAAUAAAUCAUACUAAUACUUUCAGAGUUUUACCUCAUCCUUCUUUUGUUUACACGGCUAAAUUCCAUCCUGCUGUAAAAGAAGUGGUAGUUACAGGUUGUUAUGAUUCUGUGAUACGGAUAUGGAAGGUUGAUAUGAGAGGGGAUCCUGCGAUAUUGAUUCGACAGUUUGACACACACAGAAGUUUCAUCAACUCUCUCUGUUUUGAUAUUGAAGGUCAGCACAUGUAUUCAGGAGAUUGCACGGGGGUGAUUGUUGUUUGGAAUACCUAUGUCAGAGUCAAUGAUGUGCAACAUUCAGUGCGCCACUGGAGUGUAAAUAAGGAAAUUAAAGAGAGUGAGUUUAAGGGGAUUCCUAUAAGUUAUUUGGAGGUUCAUCCCAAUGGAAAACGAUUGUUAAUCCAUACCAAAGACAGUACUUUGAGAAUUAUGGAUCUCCGAAUAUUAGCAGCAAGGAAAUUUGUGGGUGCAGCAAAUUACCGGGAAAAGAUUCAUAGUACUUUGACACCAUGUGGGACUUUUCUCUUUGCUGGAAGUGAGGAUGGUAUAGUAUAUGUUUGGAACCCAGAAACAGGAGAACAAGUAGCAAUGUAUUCUGACCUGCCAUUCAAAUCACCCAUUCGAGACAUUUCUUAUCACCCACUUGAAAAUAUGGUUGCAUUUUGUGCAUUUGGGCAGAAUGAGCCAAUUCUUCUGUAUAUUUAUGAUUUCCAUGUUGCCCAGCAAGAGGCUGAAAUGUUCAAAUGCUACAAUGGAACAUUUCCAUUACGUGGAAUACACCAAAGUCAAGAUGCUUUAUGCACCUAUCCUAAAGGGCUUCACCAAGGCUCUUUUCAGAUUGAUGACUGUGUCCAUGCUGAACGUUCUUCAAUGAGGAUGCAGCAAGUGAAACAGAGACUCGAUUCUGUCACAGUCAACAAAAAUCUCUCCUUUUCUUCAACGUCAGCCUCCUCACAGCAGUCUAAGUUAAAACAGUCAGACAUGCUGGCCACUCAUCAGAUUCUACCUCAGUCUGGUUUCCCUCAGACCGGGAUUAACAGCAUGGAAAGAAAGCCUGGUAACCAUCAUGUAGAUACAGCACCAAUGGUAGUGGCUCUUUAUGACUACACAGCGAAUCGAUCAGAUGAACUAACCAUCCAUCGCGGAGACAUUAUCCGAGUGUUUUUCAAAGAUAAUGAAGACUGGUGGUAUGGCAGCAUAGGAAAGGGACAGGAAGGUUAUUUUCCAGCUAAUCAUGUGGCUAGUGAAACAUUAUAUCAAGAACUGCCUCCAGAGAUAAAGGAGCGAUCCCCUCCUUUAACCCCAAAGGAAAAAACCAAAGUGGAAAAACCUUCUUCAGCUGCUCAAAAGGAAAAUAUCAAGAAUGAUCUCUGCUUAUAAAAAGAAGAAACAGUAAUGUUGUCCCAAGUAAUCAAAAUGCCUUGGGUUCACUCUGAGUCAUGAUGCCAACAGCCAGCCUUAAGAAAUGUGUCACUGGGCUUCCUUAGCACCUGGCAUAGUUGCAUUUCUUCAGUUGAGUUCCUUUAUCAGGAUAUAUAUGGUUUGAUUUUAUCAAGAUCCUGCCACAAAUUCUAUCAAAUGUUUAAU